GUACACUUUAAUUACCAAAAAACAGUGCUACAAAUCGGAUUUAGCAUGGACAUAAUACUGAUGGCGACAAGGGAUCAUUAGCCACAAAGCUCUCACCAGCUUGCUGUAAACAAAUUAAUGGAGGUGGGCCCAAUUGGCUAACCGUUUCAAAGUAAUGUGGACAAAUCUAGAGAUGGAAUUGCAACCUAACAUUCACCACAUUCUUAUCUUGUUUCCCCUUCAGUAUACAUCUCUUAUUCAUAGCGGUUGAAAUCCAUCAUUAAUGGCCUCUGCAAUACAACACUUGUACACGAUAUUGCUGUCCGUCGUUCUCUUCUCGCUCUCGGCGGCGGAGCCUAUUCCGGCGGAUUGGCCCGAGCAGUUUCAUUCUGUGCUGUUCAUGAACAGAAGCGGAUCUCUCCAGAAAUUGGACUUAUGGUACGACUGGCCCAACGGUCGCAACUUCAACAUAAUUCAGGAUCAGCUCAAUCCAGUCGUCGAUUACGACCUCGAAUGGAACAACGGAACCUCCUUCAUCUACACUCUCCAUCCCUCCGACCGCCACUGCGAGGUCGUUCACGUUUCCGUCGGUAUUCUCCGCCCUAAUUGGCUCGACGGCGCUACCUAUUUAGGUCAAGAACAAGUUGAUAAUUUCCUCUGUAAUGUUUGGGAGAAAGUGGAUUUCAUUGUGUAUUACGAAGAUGUUCUCACUCGAAGACCUGUUAAGUGGAUCUUCUACACAGGAUAUACGGCUCAUGUGAUGACAUUUGAGGUUGGGGCAGUGCUUGAGGAUCCGAAUUGGCAAGCUCCUGUUUACUGUUUCAAUGGGACUGAGAAGAAAAGGAGUGUUCGUGGCCAUUCUUUUGGGAGUUUGAUGAGAGGCAAAGUCGAUGCUGCUGCCUAUGCAUUGUAAUUAUGAAAUGUUUCAAAUUUAUUUCUGUUUUGGGGAUAGGUAAUGAUUGUUUAGUUUAGUCAAAUAUUCACCAUCUUGUUGGAUACACCAUUGUUUGCAUCUAGGCGGAUAAAUCAAUUAGAAAAAAGGAUGGAAAACUUAAGUGAUUUAAUCAUGUGGAGAGUAAAUCAAUAGAUUGAGUAAAAAGGAAGAUAGAUCAGAUGUAGAUAACCAAAUUGCUAAGAACCUGAAGAUUAAUUAAUAAGUUGGAUAAUAACAUAACAUUAUUAUAGCAUUGUAUUAAAAGAUAAUCAAGUGAUUGAUUAUAGGUAGCGCAAUAGUCUUGUAAUACCUCAUGAAAACCUUUGAUCCUUAUACAUUUGAGUACAGGGAGGGUAUAGGCUUAUAGAGGCACGUCCAUCUAAUGGGGGGAAGGCAGGCUUAUAUGUUGAGGCAAUUCUUAGCAUCCAGAUAUUCUUAAAAUCUGUUAUGUUGUGUGAAAUUAUGGAAUGUUUUGUUUCAGCUAACAGUUAUUCAUUGGUAACAUAAGCUUAAUUUGUUG